AUGCAGAAACCUCCAAGGAGGGGGACUCAGAGCUCGGGACCCGGAGCAGGGGCCUCCAGCAAGACCAAGGCCCCAUGCAACCCUGAAGAACUGCAGCAGCCAGGGACAGAGACCAAGGACCAGCAGGGAAGACUGCACAAGCCAGGGACUGUGGAGGACCAGCCCCUUGAGAGCAGCCAGGAGGGGAGGGACAUCAGUGACAGGAGGGAGCCAGGCCACACACAGGAGUUUGAGAGCCCUGGGAAUCCCCAGCCCAGCUUCAUGGAGUGCUUGCUGGAGACCGAGGAGGAGGAAGUCGCCCACCGCAGGGCCUGGAAGUCUCGGGCCCUGACAGCCUGGAAGUCUCCUAGGACCCUGAUGCCUGGGCCCACCUCAGUCCCCAUCAGCCACUCAGCCCCUCUGACCCUGCCCCAGACCCCUACCUCAGCCCCUCCUACCACCUGGGUGUGGGCCCGGCCCCCUGCCGCCACCCUCAUGGCAGCCCUGGUCCCAGCCAUGGUGCCCGACCUCGUCCUGUGGGCUCCCAUCCCAGACCUAGGCUGGAGGUGGACAGAGCUGCCCAAGAGCCGCAAGUGGAGCCUGAGCUGUGCCAGGCCAUGGCAGGAGCCGGAAGAGCAUGGCCUGCUCGGACUGUGUCAGGGCUGGAAGGAGCAGGCCGAGGAGCACCUCAUACUGAAGCAAGAGGAAGCCUUCCGCAGCUACUUUGAGAUCUUCAAUGGCCCUGACGAGGUGGACGCCCAGAGCCUGAAGAACAUCCUGGUUCACUGCAUUUUCUUCUCUCUCUCUCUCUCUCUCUCUCUCUCUCUCUCUGGAGAUGGGCACAUGGACUUCAAAGACUUCCUGGCUAUGAUGACAGACACCAGGUCCUUCUUCUGUUCCAUGGAACAGAAUGACGUAACGAACAUGGCUCCCCCGAACCCCCACACUCUGCUCUUUGAGAUCCUGUCUCUGCUGGUGGAGUUGCUGGCCUUACCCAAGACUGUCUUAGAGGAGAUCACCAACUACUACCAGAAGCUGAAGGAAGGCACCUGCGAGGUCCGAGAGAUGGCAUCGGCCAUAGGCCAGCUGUGGUUACAGAAGCAGGUUCUCUACAACCACCAGCAGGCAGGCUCCUUGGAAGUCCCCGAACGCAGGGGCCUCAGCAUCCUGAGCCGGCUGAAGCAGAAUGUUGAGGAUCUGGCUUCCGACCUGCAGAGCCCCUAUGCCCAGAUGCCCUGCAUCCCACUCUGCACUUGGCUGAACAAGAAGACAGUCCAUCGGAAGCUGGGCAGCCACAACAUGCUGGACCAGUGCGUGCCAGCCAGCCUGAGCCCCAGCACCCGUAGCCUCUUUUUCCAGUCAGGACCUCAAGGGGCAGAUUAUUUCACUGACACCAAAGACUGUGGGGAGAGGGUCAAACAUCUGCCAUCCUUCUGCCCUACCCUCUCCAGGGAACACAGAUCCAAACGUGGAAAGUGGCUCAGCUCCAUGCCCACUCGAACCCACUGAUCCUCUGAAAUCCGGCAGGGCAGUUCAAGGCCUGCAGACAGAUGGGUCACUGAGUAGUGGCUGCUGUGGGAGUUUGUUUUUUUUGGCCUAAUAAGCCAAUAAACAUCAAGAACCUCAGCCUGUGCCUGGUGCUCAGGUUUCCACACCCUAUGUGGCUCUCAGAAUGCAGGGCCCCACACCCCUGGGCUUGAGAAUCCCCGAGGCAAGACCUCCUGUAAGGCCCUGCCCAGGGUUGGUGUUCCUGCUGCAGGUUCCCUUGCGCAGUCUUUACCUGUGCAUUCUCAAAGCACAGAGUGGCUCCUCCUCUCCAAAUGAGUGUCUACCCCUUUCGACUGGGUGCUCCACAAAGGCGG